GGCCCGGCACGCGGGUCUGGGCAGCGCAGGUGUGCGCGCGUCCAGUCGGCGCUGCCUCGAGCCCGGGAGGGGACGGCAGUGGUGGCGACGGCGGCGCGCAUGCUCUGGGCUCACGACGGAGGUGGCUGUGGCGGCUGGCAGUGCCCGGGGCGGAGCCCCAGCGGCGGCGGCGGUGAGGUGAGCCGAGCGCCCGGGGUGCGAGAGGGCGCGGGGCCUGGCCACCAGCCGCGAACUCUGCUUAGGUGCCAUCGCGGGGGGCGUCCUGGCCAGACGAGGAAGCCACGCCCGAGAGCGCUCCUGUCAGGGGCAUCGCCAGGGCAAAGACCCGGAGGCGGGAGACACUACUAUCAGUGAUGAGACAGUGGUGUGAAAUAUGGCCUCAUUGAAGAUGAUUUCAUCAGUGAAAGACAGAAUCUUCUUCCCUGAAAGGAAAACACAAGCAAAAUAGAUGUUGGAAUAAUGCUGAAUCUGGAUUCAAAAUGUCACAAUGUACAUUUUUGAUCUAAUUAAGAUAAGCAGACUGUGGGUUACAAAGACUUAUUCAGGGAUAUGUCUUUUAGUGGUUCUUUCUUAAAGUCUUUCCCGGUGGAUCCACCCAACUUUUAUGAUGAUUUUCUCUUUUUAAGACAUUUUCAUCUGCAAGGAUUUGACUAAGGCCCUUUUCAAAAAAUUUUUACGGGCUCUGUAAGAAUAGUGAUAAGAUGCCUUGAUAUAAAAGUUGCAGCAUCAAGAAAGACCUUAACUUGGAAACUCCAAAGGAAAAGACUUUUGGGGCUAACUGCUUGGACUAUUGUAAAUCAGAUGGACCAUUUAUUUAAGGCCGUGGCUAUUUCAGCUUUGGAGACAGUGUAAUAAAUAGACUGCUCACCCUCUACACACACAGAGUGAUCGAAAUAUGGCCUGGGUGAAGUUCUUACGGAAACCCAGUGGCAAUCUGGGCAAAGUUUAUCAGCCUGGAAGUAUGUUAUCACUAGCACCUACCAAGGGCUUAUUAAAUGAACCAGGACAAAAUAGUUGCUUUCUCAAUAGUGCUGUACAGGUUUUAUGGCAAUUGGAUAUAUUCCGACGGAGUUUACGCAUUCUUUCUGGACAUGUUUGUCAGGGGGACGCCUGCAUAUUUUGUGCUUUAAAGACGAUAUUUGCACAGUUUCAGCACAGUCGAGAGAAAGCUCUUCCCUCUGAUAACAUCAGGCACGCCCUGGCAGAGAGCUUUAGAGAUGAACAACGAUUUCAGCUUGGCUUUAUGGACGAUGCUGCUGAGUGCUUUGAAAAUAUCCUUGAGAAGAUUCAUUUUCACAUUGUGCCAAACAGUGACUCAGACAUGUGCACCUCAAAGUCCUGCAUCCCUCACCAGAAGUUUGCCAUGACUCUCUAUGAACAGUGUGUGUGCCGGACCUGUGGAGCAUCCUCAGAUCCUUUACCCUUCACAGAGUUUGUCCGAUACAUUUCUACAACCGCCCUCUGUAAUGAAGUAGAAAAAAUGAUUGAAAGACACGAACGUUUGAAGCCUGAAAUGUUUGCGGAAUUGCUUCAGGCUGCAAAUACCACUGAUGACUUUAGGAAAUGCCCUAGUAACUGUGGCCAAAAAAUAAAAAUCCGCCGAGUUCUCAUGAAUUGCCCAGAGAUUGUCACAAUUGGCUUAGUCUGGGAUUCUGAGCAUUCUGACCUCACUGAAGAAGUGGUUCGCAAUCUAGCCACACACCUUUAUCUUCCAGGGUUGUUUUAUAGGGUAACUGAUGAAAGCGCCAAAACUAGUGAGCUUCAUCUUGUUGGUAUGAUCUGCUACACCAGCCGACAUUACUGUGCCUUCGCUUUUCAUACCAAGAGUUCCAAAUGGGUCUUUUUUGAUGACGCCAAUGUGAAGGAGGUUGGGACUAAAUGGAAAGACGUGGUCUCCAAGUGCACCAGAUGUCAUUUUCAGCCACUGCUUCUGUUUUAUGCAAACCCGGACGGUUCUGCUGUGUCCACUGAAGAUGCUCUUAGGCAUGUCAUCUACUGGUCCCAUUAUAAAACUACUGCUGAGGAGGAUGCAGGUGUUGAGAGGCCCUCAACUCAUAAACCAGAGAGUAUCAAAGAAAAUGGAUUUGGUGACCAGGCAAAGCAGAGAACCAAUCAGAAGUUACAUGUAGAUGACACUGUGGGUGUGAUUCGCAGCCCUCUUCUGGCAAGUGGUGGCAGAGGACCAGUUAAGUUUGGUCCUAGUGACCAGAGGGACAAGCUAAGGAACAUUUCCAGAGAAUGUGCCCAAAAAGCUAUUGAGCAGAAAAACUUCCUCUCAUCACAAAGAAGAGAGUUGGAGAAGGAGCAGAGGAGAGAGCUUGGGAGACACCGAGAUUUGUCCAGUGAGGACCUCUCUCGCCUCAAGUCUGGGUCACCUGUCAUGGCCUCAGCAAAUGGCUUCAGGCAACACAGUGGCCAGCCUGGAUACUCCAGCCAAGGUAGAGGGUCUUCCCGCCAUGACCGAGUCACGUCCCAGAGCCGGACCUCCACACAAGUACCAAGUUCAGUUAAGCCACAGCUCCUGGCUUCCGGGGAAAAGGCAUCCAGCAAAGGUAAGGGAGAUGGCGCCACUGGAUAUGAUACAGACAGCAGCCAGGACUCUCGGGAUAGGGGAAGUACCUGCAGUGGUGGCAGCAGCCGCAGCCGGACCCGCAGCUGGAAGCCAAUGCGAGAGACACUGAAUGUGGACAGUGUGUUCAGUGAUGCCGAAAAAAGACAUGCCGCUCCCAGGCACAGAGCAGCCAACAAAUCCAAACACAGCCAAGAGCAGAGAGUGAACAAUUGGCCUAAAGAGCCACCCAAGCAGAAAGGCCUGAUGACCAUCUAUGAAGAUGAAGGAAAGCAGGAGACUGGAAGCAGGAGUUCACUGGAGUCUUCUGGGAAAGGCCCUGAGAAAGGGAAAGGCCCUAUGGAGACCAGGGCUCCCGGCGACAGUGGGCAGAUGCAACGGACUGAGUCUGGCUAUGAGAGCAGCGAUCGGGUCAGCAAUGGUUCCACCAGCUUGGACUCCCCACUCCUAGAAGGGAACAGCACAGCCAACCUCAGUGGCACAAGGGAAACCUGCCCUGGCAGUAACCAGAUUCAAUCAAGUAAAGUGAACACAGACAGCUUGCAGCACAUGUCCCAACAGCGCAAAGACCAUCUGGAAGAUUUGAGAGAGAACAUCAGGAUUACAGAAGUGGCUGGUGGACCACCUGAUUUCCACCCAGAUUUGCAUCUACAAGUAGAUAAUCCUAUCAUGAAGAGAUCUCAUGUGCAUGAUACCAGUGAGAAGUUGUCUUCAUCGAACCCACAGAUCUUCAAGGACCAUGAUAGAAGAGAACACAUCCCACAACCAAAUGAAAAGCAGCUUGAAAAUUCAAAAGAAUGCCAUUUUUCUGAAAGGCCUGAAAAAAAUGGUCCAUCUUUGCUUAGUGCUAAGGGUUCAGUCCCCUUUCACGUUCCUGUUAAUUCUGCCUCAGCAAAAUUAGCUGACAGUGAUGAGAAACUUCCUUCAUCCCAACUGUUGUCAAUACACAUGAGAGCAGUUGAGUCCCAGCCAGGGCUAAGCUCCUUUGCCCAGUCAGGCCUUGGGGAACCAUGCGGCCCCUCCGAUAACUGUGAGGUGCUAGAACCUGCCACCUGCCGGAGUCUGCCACCUCCUUUGCCUCCAAAGAAGUAUGCUAAAUCCAUGGCAGGGUCACGGUCAGAGAAGAAGGAAUCCAGCCCUGACCUGGAACUGUCAGGAAGGGGGAAAGCGAAGUCUCAGAAUCUCCAAAAGCCUGCCGUCAGUGCCCCUUCCCAGACUGGGGCAGAAACAAGACUGAAGGAAUCGGGACAAGGGAAAGAACUCACAGAAUGCAAACCCAGGACCCGAUCUAGCCCGUCCCCUGACUUCCAGACCCCACUGGAUACAGGGGUAGCAGUGGUUAGCAGAGGCAUUCCCCAGACAGGACCAUGGCCUACGGUGCCACCACCACAAGGGACAGUUUCCCUGACCACCUACUUUUCUGUUGACAACUGUAUGACUGAUACGUACAGGUUGAAGUACCGCCAGAGACCCAAGCUAAAUUUUUCUGAGAGCAGCAGCUUAUCUGGCAGCAAUAAGCCUCAAUCCCAAACUGAAGUGAGGCUGAAAGCAGUGUUCCAUGAAGAUCUACAGCCAGCCAAUGUAUAGUCUUAGCCUGCUGUGGGAGGGAAACUUCCAGGGAAACUCUUCUGAGGCCUGCCAGCAAGCAGGCACUUCUUAAUCAGGAGAAAGAGGAACACAGAGAAGAGCAGAAGCUGGCAAACCUUGGCAUUCAGUGUCCAGUGAUCCCAGUUCCCAGUGUCUGUUCCCCUGUGAAUGUUGGCCAUGUCCACAGCAUUCUAACUCUGCCUGAGUCGGGGAGGGACCCCCUGGGCCCCAACAGCAAGCAGGCCUGGCAAGCUGCUGCUGCAGAAGCCAACCCUCAGGGUAGGUAGCUAAAUGUGUUUGCCCCUCACCAGCAGUUCCAUAUAUCAGUGCCCCCAGCUGUGGUGGUGUCUGAAGCAUGGUGAGGGAGUCAAGAGCAGUAUUUGCUUAUGAAGAAGCACUUUUUCAUGGGUAAACAGUCAGAGGUUUCACCCAUAGUCUCGGGGUUUUUGUUUCUUUUUUUGACUUCUGUGAUAGUCCACUACCUAUGAUACCUUCAAGUGUCUUAAAUAGAUUACAUGUACAUUUUAUUCUUUUCUGGCAUUUGGAGACAGGAGGGAAGCCUUAAUUGUGAGUUGACACUAAAUUCUCAGAGUAAUCUCUCCGGGAACUUCAGUUUUUGCAUUUCAUUGAAAAUCCAUAUUCAGAAUGCCUCUUCAGCACUAGCAUAGCUAGAGAGCCAAUGAGUUUGUAUGCCAUGAAUGUUACUUCAGUCACGUAAGCUAAAAAUAUUAGCCUUUAGACUACCGUUGUCUAGCAGCACGUCUCUAAUGUUAUGUGAAGCCAGGUGUUCUGUUGUUGUUCUGUUUGUUUGGUUUUGUAUUUUGGGAGCUGAUAACCAAUGCUAGAGAGACACCAGAUCCUUACUGCAAGUCACCAAUGAAUAUUUUCCAUGGCUGCCUGAAUCUUUUGCAAUAGCUAGACUAGAAGUGGCCCCAGAUUGUAAACUAAACUCACUUAGAGAUUGUCAACCUAGUGGAUUUCUUUCUGUGCCUGUCUUUAAAAUCAGAAAACCCCUCCAUUUUCUUCAUUUCUACUCCUCAAAUGGUCACUUGGAAUUCAAUGUUAAUAAAAUGUUAUUGUGAAGCA